ACUGCGUUUCACUUUUCCGUCAGUCGGUUGUCAACAUUCAGUUCGAUCAGACUCAUUAGGUUAAUUUUAGUUAACAAAGAUAUUAGUUUUAUUUUCCAAAAGUACAACAAACAAAAUUAAUUAUAAUGACAACAUUUAAGCAAGUUCCUCUUACAUGUGGUGGCCAUACUAGACCAGUGGUGCAUUUGGACUUUAGUGACGUUACCAAGGAUGGGUAUUACCUGAUUUCUGCCUGCAAAGAUGGCAAGCCCAUGUUGCGGCAAGGUGAGACGGGCGACUGGAUUGGCACCUUCGAGGGGCACAAAGGAGCUGUGUGGGGCGUAGCCCUGACUCAAAACGCUAACUUGGCGGCCAGUGGCGCUGCUGACUUUUCAGCGAAACUCUGGGACGCGCGUUACGGCGAAGUGGUCCACACGUUCGAUCACGACCACAUAGUGAAGAGCGUGAAUUUUAAUGCUGACGACUCACUUCUUCUUACUGCGAGCAACGAGAAACUGAUCCGGGUGUUCGAUCUGAACAAGCCUGAGGCUAACCCCGUGGAAAAAUUCAGCGCUCACACCAGCAGUAUCCGCCACGCCGUGUUCCUCCACAAUUCCCGCAUCGCCAGCGUCAGCGACGACCUCACUAUGCGCGUCUGGGACCGAACGUCUGGCCAGGAGGUGAACAAAAUCGAGUUUACUUCAAUUCCAAAUAGUUUAGAGCUGUCAAGAGAUGGCGCCAUUUUGACAGUAGCACACGGUACCAACGUGUCAUUCUACUCAACGGACACGAUGCGCAAGAUGCGCGAAGUGGCCGUCCCGACCAAGUGCUACUCCGCCUCGCUGGCCCCCUCGCGCGCCACCUUCGUGUGCGGCGGCGAGGACCUCAAGGUCUACAAGUUCGACUACAACACGGGCACCGAGCUAGGUACUGUAGUAUAUAUCAACAGGUACCAACGUGUCCUACUCAACGGACACGAUGCGCAAGAUGCGCGAAGUGGCCGUCCCGACCAAGUGCUACUCCGCCUCGCUGGCCCCCUCGCGCGCCACCUUCGUGUGCGGCGGCGAGGACCUCAAGGUCUACAAGUUCGACUACAACACGGGCACCGAGCUAGGUACUGUAGUAUAUAUCAACAGGUACCAACGUGUCCUACUCAACGGACACGAUGCGCAAGAUGCGCGAAGUGGCCGUCCCGACCAAGUGCUACUCCGCCUCGCUGGCCCCCUCGCGCGCCACCUUCGUGUGCGGCGGCGAGGACCUCAAGGUCUACAAGUUCGACUACAACACGGGCACCGAGCUAGGUACUGUAGUAUAUA